GGGGUUCAUUCAGUUUGGCUUCUGGUCACAGCUCGGACACACUCUGUCAGUCAGAGGCCUCGGCUGCUGGAUGUUUGCUGGACGUCAGCUGACGACAUGGAGCGGCUGCUGUCCUCGCUGAGCGACCUGGAUCCGGACGCUCUGGAGCUGGAGUACGGAGCGGUGCGUUCACACUCCACGCUGAUGAAGAGAGAUCUGGGUUUAACCACUGAGGCCGGAGCUCGGAAGGAAAACAUCAAGAAGAACAGAUACAAAGACAUCCUGCCAUAUGACCAGACUCGAGUGGUGUUGUCUCUGCUGACCUCAGAUCUCGACACAGAUUACAUCAACGCAAGUGUUAUCGAGGGGGCGACAGCAGACAAGAGGUACAUCGCCUCUCAGGCUCCUCUCAGCUCCACAGUGACUGACCUCUGGAGGAUGAUCUGGCAACAUGACGUCAAGGUGAUAGUCAUGGCCUGCAGGGAGGUGGAGAUGGGGAAGAAGAAGUGUGAGUGUUACUGGGCUCAGCUUCAUCAGGCCACUACAUUCGGACCAUUUACCAUCAGCAGCCAGGGGGAGACACAUCCUAAUGAGGAUGUGGUGGUUCGAGCUCUGACUGUCACAUACCAGCAGCUCAGCCGCUCACUGACCCAGUAUCAGUUCCUGUCGUGGCCGGAUCACGACAUUCCCUACGAGGCUGCAGGAGUCCUGGACCUGCUGGAGAGGGUGAGGGCGAGUCAGAGAACAUGCACGUCUCCUGUGCUGAUACACUGCAGUGCGGGUUGUGGGAGGACAGGAGUCAUCUGUGCUCUCGAUUACAUCUAUGACCUGCUGGUUACCAAGCCAAUCACAACUGACUUCAGCAUCAUGAAGAUCGUCCUGGAGCUCCGGAGGCAGAGACCCUCGGCCGUCCAGACUAAAGAUCAGUAUCGGUUCAUCUUCUCGUCCGUCGCCUGUUUGAUCCGACGGCUCCUGGAGUCGAGCGGCCGACAGCUCUACAUCAACGAGCUGAAGACACAAGACAAGCACACAACGGUGACUCCUGCUUCCUGCAACAAGAGAUCAUUGAGGCUGAGCAUGAAUGAUACAUACGCUGUGGUCAAUAAACCCAAACACCUCCUCCCACCUGCAUCAAACCCCCCCCACUCUGGUGUAGACCAUGCCCGAUCCAGCAGGUCGCUGCCCCCGUCCCACCACUAUGACAACGACCCUGCAGGGGCGUCGGCUGCUCCCGUCUACAGCCGCGUCCGGCCCCGGAAUAAACCACUCAGCCUCCAGCUCUCCGCCACGCCCAUCUAUGACAUGGCAUCUCCAACCAAUAUCAGGCCGGGGGAGGGACUUCUGUCACAGCGUAGCAAUGGAGAGCAUCAGGUGGCUGCAGCUGAACAACUUCCACCAACAGAUGACGAUUAUGAAGACUUCUCCUCUUCAGUUGCAGACACGCCCGGCCUCUGUCCACCAGGGGGCAUCGGGUUUAACUGUCGUAUUCAGAAGCCCAAAGGACCCAGAGAUCCUCCAGCUGAGUGGAGCCGACUGGAGAGAUGAGCCACUUCAAACUGGACUCGGUCGAACUGGACUCGGUCGAUCUGGACUCGGUCGAUCUGGACUCAGUCGAACUGGACUCAGUGGAACUGGACUCAGUCGAUCUGGACUCAGUCGAACUGGACUCAGUCAGUGUGCUAACGUUACCACAGAGAGAAGAUGUUCAGUUGACCUGAACUGAGACUCGUCAGUGAUUCGAUGUGUUGUGUUGUUGUUGUGUGUGUGAUACCUUCCUCUUUAUAUUUCAUCGUGUCCCUGCGGUUUAUCAGAUUUUGAUUUCCAGUGUGGUUCCCUGUACAAACUAAUAGUUUUACUGUUUCAUCUGCAAAGAAGAGUAAAAGUGAAGGUUUGUUGAAUGAGGCCAUUGUCUCAGGUCGACCCACUCUACCAGUGCUGACCACCAGGGAGCAGCAGAGCAACACAAAACAUCAGCAGUGAAACGUCCUGCAGGAGGAUAAAGUUACAGCUUCACCUCAGAGGACACACACUGAUGUUACCCUCCUCCAGGUGGACCAGUGGUAGAUUUAUCUCUGUCACACAGGUUCGAUUCCCACCCACUGCAAUAAAAUAAACCUGUUUAUCCUA